AUGGAAGCGCUCAUCCCAGAGAUUAAAGAAAUUUCGGACUAUGUGAGCGCUACGCAACUAGUUACGUAUUCUGACGUUGCUGGAGCAACGAUGUUUGUCUACGACUACUUCUUAACACUUGGAAUGGAGGUGGACUUGGUGUGGUCGUCAAAUUGGAGCCUCAUGAACGUUUUGUUUAUCGCUCAGCGAUAUCUCCCAUUCUUGGAUGCGGCCGUGUUGUGUUUUCUCCCACAAUUUUCGACGACGAUAGCUCCGUCCCAUUGUAGGAUACUUGGGAUUAUUAGGGGCUUGUUGAUGGUUACUGGAAUCGUAAUUCUGACGCUGCGCGCGUGGGCGGUUUGGGAUCGGAAUGGACGAUUAGGAGCGGCGCUAUCUGUUUUCUUCUGUGCUACGGUUGCUGCUAGUUUCGUAGUCAUGACUAUUUUCCUACUCGGCCUAGAAUUCAGCAACAAGCCCUAUCCCUCUUUUCAAGGGUGUUUUAUCACAAGCUCAAACCAGUUGGUAUACAUAAAUUGGAUCGAUGGGGAGGGCGUAGUGCGCUUCAUCGUGUUGUUUAUGGCGAAGUUGUUCUUAAUACUCUUUCGGUUCGUCGUCUCGUGA